UCAAGGUCUAACUUUACCUCUUUCUUUACCAAAAAGAAUAAAAACUUGACCCAGAGCAGAGGCCCAGAAACAGCUAGAGACUUGAUCAUUUCACCAUGUGUUCAGUUAGGGCUCCAGAGCAUCGCCCUGUUCGAUAUAUUUUUCGUAAUAUCGGUAUAUUUUUUGUUAAUCGCACCGCAAUAUAUUAUUCAUGCUAAAUCGAUAUUUAUCAUAUAUAUAUCGAUAUAUCGUUGCCAUCCCUACUUCAACCCCUUGUUGAAUUCAAAUUUUCGGUAUCUCCUCUGGGUAUCUCUGUUCAAUUUUUAUAUUUUUUUAUUUUUAUUUAUUUCAUUUCAUUUCAUUAUCUUAGGUCAAGAACGGUAAACUAUCUUAGGUUAUGUGUUUAUAUCUAAAUUUGUCUAAAUGAUAAAAUUGAUUGAAACCUAUUUCAAACCUUAUUCAAUUAAACUAGCAGUCUGAGUCUAUUGGCAUCAUAAUUGGCAUUAUCUGAGGUAAAUUCAGUAUAUGGAUUCAGUAUUCAGUUGAAAAAUAUUUGAAUAUGGACCCAGUACGAAAUAAAAAUAGAGUAUCCUUAAAAAUAAAAUGUCCAAACCCAUUAUUUGAGAAGUGGUUAACAGAAUGGAGAGAUAAAGCAGUUGCCAAUGAUUCAAAAAUGCAAUAUACUUUUAACAAUGCAUUACAUUGUUUACGGAGGUACCCAUUACCACUUAAUAGCGGAAGGGACUGCAAGAUAUUAAAAGGUUUUGGUGGUAAAAUAUGUAAAAUGCUUGAUGAUAAAUUAUUAAAAUACAGUAAUGAGGAAAAUUACAAAACUAAAAAUAUUAAUAUGUCUAAUGCUGUAAUAGAUCAACCUUUUAAAGAAUAUAUACCACAGUUCAGAAGUGAAGGAGAAAAGAAAAACACUAAGAAUAUUAGUCCACAGAUGUCAAAAUCUAUAGAUCAGUCUUUUAGGGAAUAUAUUCCUCAACAAGGAACCGGAGGAUAUGCUAUUCUGCUAGCUAUUUACAAAGAAAGUUUAAAGUCUGAUUAUCCAGGUUUUUUACGAAAAGCAGAUAUUAUUUUACAUGGACAACAGUUUGUUAAUAGUUCAUUUACCAAAGCAAAUCCUGGAUCUCAUUAUACUGCAUGGUCAUCCAUGAAAACUUUAAUUUCAAAAAAAUUAAUAUUAAAAAUUAGCCACCCUCCAAAAUAUUCAUUAAGUGAGGAAGGUACAUUAUUAGCUAAAAGACUGUAUGAAAAAGGCUAUUUUAAGUGUUCCAAACCCAAAUAUUUAGAUGAUAAUUUAAAAGAAAUUGAAGUAGAUAAUGCUGUGCAGGAUAAUACAUCUGAAGUAAUUCAAUUGUCAAAAUUAUGUGAUAGUAGGAAUCCACUGAAAAAAGAUGCUUCCAAAUAUAAGAUUAAUAAAAAAAAUACCAAUUCAUAUUCUGGUAUGCAAGAGUUUGUUUUGACAUCUGAAAGAUUUAAUAUUAUUUUGUACGUUGAUAAUAAUGAAACUUCAGGAAAAAUUAAUGAUGAAGCAAUUAUAUUUCUUAAAAAAUAUAAUAUUAAGUAUGAGAUAAAAAAUCUGAAAGUUGGUGAUUUUUUAUGGGUAUGUCGCGAUUAUGAGACAGAAAAUGAACUAGUGCUACCAUUUAUAAUUGAGAGAAAGAGAAUGGACGAUUUUGCAUCUAGCAUAAAAGAUAAAAGAUAUCAUGAGCAAAAGUUUAGGUUGAAACGAUCAGGUAUUGAAAAUUUAAUAUAUCUUGUGGAAAGCUAUGGUAAAAAUCAGCAUUUGGGGUUACCACUACAAACUUUGUAUCAAGCUGCAAGUUACACUGCUUUACAAGAACAUUUUUUUAUUAAGUUUACUGGUAGUUUAAACGAAAGUAUAGAAUAUUUAGCAUAUUUUACAAGAACAUUGAUACAGAUUUACAAGAGAAAAACAUUGAAAAGCUGCGGUAAAGAUAGUCUUAUAGAUGUUGAUAUUAAUCAGGAUGUUUUAUAUCUAAUGCCGUUUAAGCAGUUUAAUGAAAACGCUGUAAAAAAUAAAAAUAUGAAAGUGUCUGAAUAUUUUAUAAAAAGCCUUAUUCAAAUUAAAGGAAUGUCAGUAGAGCGAGCUUUAGCCAUUACUGAAAAAUAUUCAUCGCCAGCAUUAUUAAGGAAGGCAUAUAAAAGUAUGACAACUAUGGAAGGAGAGAAAUUAUUGUCAAGUAUAAAGUAUGAUAGAGGUGGAAAGACUAUUGGUAUUGCUCUUAGUAAAACUGUAUAUCAGAUAUUUAAUUUAAGAAAUUAUUAAUUUAAUACUGUUUCAUAUUGAAGAAUAAAGAUUAAAAAUAUA